CAAACGUGUGUAGUCGGACCCGCAACUGCGUAAUAUCCACGAGAAAAUUGAUUCUUGUCAGUCUUGGACGUUGAACAGGCAAAAAGUCUGCCUUCACAGCGCUCUCACUGCUGCGACCAGGCCUGGCUGUGAACAUACAAAGCUCACGUACUGGCACCGUCGGGCUAGCAUAACAAGCCCUACCAAGGUGCUUACACCCGCCCAUUAUUACGCCACCGACAGAACUGGACGCCGCACCAAUCGAGGAACAGGCUCAGUGCCAUCUCCCACGAAGAGUCCUCCCCCAAAGGACUGUACCUUGCGCUUCCACGCACUGUCGUGCUUCCGCAAUCGGGAAGAUCGUAGUUUUCGCCAUCGCCUGGAUCUAUCACCUGCUCAAGCCCUGCGCCGGACGCACCAAUACCCUUCUGUCCUUCGCGAGCUUGGAUCUCGCAGGGUGUACAUCUCCGGGAACGCAUAAUACUAGCGUCAGUCGGUCGAGGUCGGGCUAAGAGCGCCUGUGCAAAGACUAGCUCCCACGCGAAACUUUACCUCAAGCCAUAAAACAGCGCCCUGGAGGCCCAGCAUUCUUAGCAUUCGCCCGUCGUCUCUUGACUUUCACUCACGAUGGCUUCGACGAGUACCAAGAUCGGCCAUGGCUUGGCCAAGGUCCUGGGCAUUAAACUGGACGACGGAACUCCAGGAUCGAAACUCUCACGAGGAGAGUCAGUCUUCUCAGUUGAGAGUGCGGAUUCGUACGUCGAACAAGAGCCUACGGCAGCAGAGUGGCUUCGCGAUGUGAUACCAUCUGGCACGGACGUUCUACACUACUGCCACAACCUAUUCCCCUUCACGAAAUGGAUCCUGCGCUAUAACGCUCAGUGGUUGUAUGGUGACCUGGUUGCUGGUAUCACUGUCGGCGCAGUCGUCGUGCCACAGAGUAUGGCGUACGCCCAACUGGCUCAGCUCCCUGUCGAAUACGGUCUCUACUCAUCCUUCAUGGGUGUGCUUAUCUACUGGUUUUUUGCGACUUCCAAGGACAUCACUAUCGGUCCCGUAGCAGUCAUGUCAACCAUCGUCGGCAACAUCGUCAUCUCGGUCGCUAAGAAAGAUCCCACGAUUGAAGGACACGUCGUUGCCUCAGCCCUGGCCGUCAUUGUCGGCGCCAUAGUCUGCUUUCUCGGCCUCGCGCGUCUCGGAUGGCUUGUUGAGUUCAUCUCGCUCGCUUCGAUCUCCGCUUUCAUGACUGGUUCUGCCAUCAAUAUCGCGGUCGGUCAAGUCCCGGCCUUGAUGGGUAUUUCGAGCAAGAUCGUGAACAACCGGGACUCGACGUAUCUGGUCGUUAUCAACACCUUGAAGCACUUGGGUUCUUCGAAGCUCGACGCAGCGCUUGGGCUUACAGCACUUACAAUGCUGUACCUCAUUCGAUCGAGCCUCAACUUCGCCGCAAGGAAGCAGCCUCAGCACAAGAAGCUCUACUUCUUCUUGGCCACCCUUCGAACGGCCUUUGUGAUCUUGCUCUAUACCAUGAUCGCCUGGCUCAUGAACCUCAACUUGGAGGACCACGACGCUAAGAAGUCUCCGAUUGCAAUCCUGGGCACAGUGCCACGAGGAUUCAAACACGCCGCCGUUCCGACGGUGAACAGCAACAUCAUCAGCCUUUUUGCAGGCGAGCUGCCAGCGUCCGUCAUCGUACUCCUCAUUGAGCACAUAUCGAUCUCAAAGUCUUUCGGAAGAGUCAACAACUACACCAUCGACCCUUCACAGGAGUUGGUCGCCAUCGGCGUCACCAACCUCCUUGGUCCAUUCCUCGGUGGUUACCCCGCUACUGGUUCUUUCUCCAGAACAGCCAUUAAGUCGAAAGCUGGUGUGCGUACCCCAUUUGCUGGUGUCAUCACGGCCGUGGUCGUACUUCUCUCGAUCUACGCUCUGCCUGCGGUUUUCUUCUACAUUCCGAAGGCAGCGCUCAGCGCCGUCAUUAUUCACGCUGUAGGAGAUCUGAUCACGCCACCGAACACCGUCUACCAAUUUUGGAGAGUCUCGCCGCUGGAAGUGCCCAUCUUCUUCGCCGGUGUUAUCAUCACCGUAUUCACGACCAUUGAGAUCGGUGUAUACGUCACUGUUGCCGCGUCUGCAGCGCUGCUGAUUUUCAGACUAUUCAAGGCACAAGGACGCUUCCUUGGCAAGGUUAAGGUCCGAGACAUGCCUAGCGGCCAACUUAUCGAUGGCGAGGCGAAGCGUAGCGGUUCUGGAGCUGGAACUGGAGCUGUGGCCAACGGUCACGAUUCCUACCCCACCAGAGAUGUUUUCAUCCCAUUCGACAACCAGGACGGCUCAAAUCCGGCGAUUCAACCUCAGCAUGCGUACCCAGGUGUCUUUAUAUUCAGAUUCUCCGAAGGAUUUAACUACCCGAACGCCAAUCAUUACUUGGACUAUUUGAGCAAGGUCAUCUUCGAGCAGACGCAACGUACAAACCCACACAGCUACGCCAGGCCUGGAGACCGCCCGUGGAAUGACCCAGGUCCAAGGCCAGGCAAGGAAGUCAAUGUCGAUGAUCAUCGACCAACACUGAAGGCUAUCGUCAUUGACUUCUCUUCCGUCAACAAUGUCGACCUUACCUCGAUUCAGAACUUGAUCGAUGUUCGCAACCAGCUCGAUCGAUACACUGCACCGGAGCGCGUUCAAUGGCAUUUCGCAUGCAUCAACAACCGUUGGACCAAGCGUGCCCUCGCGAAUGCUGGCUUUGGCUAUCCUUCUGUCGACAGCGAAGAUGCCUUCCAGAGAUGGAAGCCCAUUUUCAGUGUGGCGGAGAUCGGAGGCGCCUCGAGUGCAGCCGCUGCAGGAGAUGAAGCAUACAGCAAGCAGUUCUACCACACACAGUCUAAGGACCUCGAAAGCAGGCGACCUGAUGAUGACAGCAUCAACGCUUCAGAAUCUUCCAGCGACAUUAACACUCAGCUAAAAGACUCCGCGACUUACAAGGCGAAGGUCGCUGUGGUGCAGGGCCUGAACAGACCUUUUUUCCACAUCGAUGUGACUAGUGCCGUCCAAAGCGCUGUUUCCGGUAUCGAGGCACAGGGAAAGAAUGUAGAGUAAUGCACACAAAUAUCGUGUGGAGGAACGUUUCUUGUACAUAGAUUCUGAGCAGGCGCAUAGCGAUCACCCCAGGCAUUAAAUGAGCA